AUGAUAGCUGUGAGUAUUGAUUCACUCUACAGCUGUUUCGAUACCAUAGCGAACAAGAAUUCUUCUGAGGCCGAGAAAAAUAAUGCUUUUCAACUCAUCUUGCUAGGUAGCAAAUGUGGGCCAAAUGAGAAAAGACUUUCAUCUCAAUUCAUAGGCAGAUUUUUUAAGUUGUUUAGAAACGAGCAGGAAAAUAGCUUUAAUCAUUUGUUGGAUCUCUGUGAUGAUGAGGACCCCUCAAUCCGCAUGCAAGCUGUUCAUGAUCUUCUGCAAGUAUGCAAGUUGGAGCCCGCUUAUAUCUCGCGUGUUUCAGAUGUUCUGAGCCAAAUGUUUGCGUCCGAUGAUGCAUCGGAACUUCAUGUCAUUACCUUAGUUAUGUUUGCUUUACUUGAACUGGAUCCUAGUGGUACAAUCGCUGGCAUUUUCAAUCACAUAUCGACUGAUUCUGAGAUGCAUCGAGAGAAUUUGGUAAAAUUUUUGAUGGAGAACUUGAAGCGUCUUCCUGAUGACAAAAUACCAUUAGACAUGGAGGGGUUUAUUGUUCAACAAUUAAAUAAGUUGCUUUCGGUCGUCUCUGGAACUGGAUUUGUGCAGCUCAUAUCACUCAUUUCCUCUCUGAAGUCUUCUACCUCUUUGCAAGCACGGCAGAGCUUGGUUGAUAAGAUUACGGAUCAUGUCAUCCAAUCUGUACCAGUAUUCAACCCUCAGGCUCUGUCAUCUGUUAUACAUAUUCGGGAUUGCGGAAAACAAGUUGUGCAGCUUUUGUCGAAAAACGUUUCCGCAGGCGCGUUUUUAAAGUACAUACUGGUGAAAGUUGUUCCAAAGAUACUGCUUGUUCAGAAUCCUUCUGAACAACGCAGUAUCCUGCGGCUGUUGGCUGAAUUCAGUGCUCAUCCUGGGGUUACAUUUACGAAUAUUCGAUCUGACGAAAAAACGCAUAUCUUGCUACCUUUGUAUAACUGUUUAAUGGAACUCUUGCCCGAACCACCUUCAGCACAAGAGCUGAUGCCUAAUCUCGACGGUGAUGGCUCCAACAAGGCCUUUUUUCCUGCAUUUGCUGGAGAAUGUUGCAUUUACUCCCUGCUGAGCCUCAUUAAGUUUCAUCCUGAGUUUCUUUGCACUUUGGAGACCGGGACCGAUGAAGCUGUGAGGGAGGGGAUUUUCCGUCUUCAGGCGCUGCGUCAGAAAGUGCAAUUCAUGGCACGACUAAUUCAUUCAUGCAAAGCCUCCAUCAUAUCUCAAACACAAGCGGAGUUUCAAGCAGCGGGAUCGUCUUCUACGAUGUCUACACAGGAAAUCACCCGAGCUCUUGAUAAUAUAGAGAAGAUGAUACGGUGUCUUUUUCGUCCUCGGAUAGAACCAGAACAGAUAACUGGCAUCUCUCUCUCUUGGAUUGAUGCAACGCUAGCACCAAAGUAUCCUGUCGCGUCUUCAACGCUGAUUAACAUUGCCAGAGCAACCAAGCAAAAACCCCCUCAACCACACCGGCGCUUUCAAAUGAUGAGCCGUCAAUUUGGCGCUUCCCUGUUUGGCCGAGGCCGAGUCCGAGUUCGUGGCGGCGGUCGGCGUCGUUUCUAA